GUCAUAUCUCAGCUGCAGGAGCACGAUCAAACAUUCUUCCUUGACAGCCAUGGCGGAUGCGUCGCCUCCCAGGAGCCCCAGAAGCCCUAGAAGCCCGAGGAGGUCGCCGAGCCCUAGAAGCCCUAAUCGGUCCAGGAUUAAGGUGAAGCGUGAACUUGACGAUGACGUGGACGAUCGUCGGGAUGACGCGAAGCGUGCCAACACCCGCGAUACAGAGGAGGUGCGCGCGCUGGAGUCGACGCUGCGGUUCCUGGUGUCGAACAACUUCGCGGGGUCGGUGAUCGGCAAGGCGGGGCAGGUGAUCUCGGAGUUCCAGGUGCAGUCGGGCGCCAAGAUCGUCAUGUCGCGCGCGCACGAGUUCUUCCCCGCCACGGCGGACCGCAUCGUCCUCAUCAGCGGCACCGUCAGCGCCAUCCUCACGGCGCUGCACCUCAUCCUCUCCAAGCUCGCCGACGACCCCCGGCGGGUGGAGACGGCGCGCGAGGGCGAGUUGGAUCUGCGCAUCGUGGUGCCGCACCGGGUGUGCGGCGCCAUCAUCGGCAAAGCAGGGGCCACCAUCCGGGAUGCAACUAUCGCUCCUCAAUCCCACCUCCUUAAACCUUCUUACUUAACUACACCGCCGUUCCAUCAUGUCCAAUCUUCGCUACUGCUUCUCUUCUCCACUCUCGCUCCGUCCAGCACUCGUUCCUCGUCGCUCACCGCUGGACCUUCCUAGAGCCAAAGGUCCUUCCGCCCACGCGCGCCGCCUCAUCAUCCCACCCGCAGCCUCCCUCGCGUGAUCCCUCUUGACCGUUUGAGCUGCGUUUUCCAAAUCCACAUGCCAACGGCGCGUAGGCGCCGCUGCCAUGCGGUGCCCGUCAACAUUCCUCGCAUCUGCCAGAGCAGGUUGCCACCCUUACAGUGCGUGCGGUUCAUCCGCUCCUCUCUAUUGUAACAGGGUAACACCACGUGUUAAUGCAACGGCGUAGCACCACAUGCAUCAUGGACCAUUUCGUGGGUUACCCCUCCAACCUGCUAGCACUGCCCGUUCAUCUGCUGUCAGCGGCCAUCAUACCUAGCGCUCUCACGCAUCCUCACAGCCAUCUGCAUUGUAUUCCGUCCAACCUCCUUUCCUUCCCGCUCCCGCCACUCUUCAUCCGCAGCCGCACGUCCCAAUCCCUAGGCCAAGCAUGCGAGUGCUGCGGCGGGCCUCCGCAUGCUCAUGCUCAUCUUCUUCCCCCAUCUGUCGCCCAGCCUCCCUCUCCGCCCCCUGCUAAUCGGCAGCCACCUGGAUCCAUGCC